ACCCAAUUUUUCUUUAAGAUGACGUGGAGUCGUCAACAAUGGGACAAGAAGAACCUCUUCCAUAAAGUAGUAGCAGCAGUGAUGAUCAUCUCUCAUUGUGUUGUGUGUUGAGAAAAGAGGAGAUUAAGGUUGUUCUUUUAGGGUUUUCUUGAAUGGUGAAGACAGUGUUGGAUAAAGGGUGGUUAGCUGCCCGAUCCACUGAAGUUGAAAUCAAUGGAGUACAGCUCACUACUACUCAACCUCCAACACAACCUCUUAAUUCUCCUUGGAUGGAAGCUGCUGUUCCUGGAACUGUUUUAGGAACUCUGCUAAAAAACAAGCUUAUUCCUGAUCCUUUCUAUGGGUUGGAAAAUGAAGCAAUUAUUGACAUUGCGGAUUCAGGGAGGGAACACUACACUUUCUGGUUUUUCACUACCUUUGAAUGUAAGCUGUCAAAUAAUCAACACGUGGAUCUUAAUUUUCGGGCAAUUAACUAUUCUGCUGAAGUCUAUCUGAAUGGGCACAAGGAGGUGCUUCCAAAAGGAAUGUUUAGGAGGCAUUCUAUUGAUAUUACUGACAUUUUGCAUCCGGAUGGUCAGAAUCUGCUGGCUGUGCUUGUCUAUCCUCCUGAUCAUCCAGGGCGUAUUCCUCCUAAGGGUGGUCAAGGUGGUGAUCAUGAGAUUGGGAAAGAUGUUGCUGCACAAUAUGUCGAAGGUUGGGAUUGGAUGACUCCAAUAAGGGAUAGGAACACUGGCAUCUGGGAUGAGGUAUCCAUUACUGUUACAGGGCCAGUGAAAAUAGUAGAUCCCCACUUGGCCUCAUCUUUUUUUGACGACUACAAGAGGGUAUAUUUGCAUUCUACGGUAGAGUUGGUCAACAGAAAUGCCUUGGUAGCUGAAUGCUCGCUGAACAUCCAAGUGUCAACUGAACUUGAAGAUGGUACUUUCUUAGUUGAGCAUCUUGAGACACAGCAUGUGUCUAUUUCUGCGGGUGCAAACAUUCAUUAUACAUUUCCUCAACUUUAUUUAUAUAAACCCAAUUUAUGGUGGCCUAAUGGCAUGGGAAAGCAACAUCUGUACAAUGUCGAGAUAACUGUUAAUGUGAAAGGUUAUGGAGAAUCGGAUACAUGGAGUCAUCAUUUUGGCUUUCGCAAAAUUGAGAGUCAUAUAGAUAGUGCCACAGGUGGAAGGAUUUUUAAGGUAAAUGGUCAGCCAAUAUUCAUUCGUGGGGGUAAUUGGAUCCUCUCAGAUGGAUUAUUGCGGCUUUCAAAGGAAAGAUACAAGACGGAUAUCAGAUUCCAUGCUGAUAUGAACUUCAACAUGAUGCGUUGUUGGGGUGGGGGACUGGCUGAGAGACCUGAGUUUUAUCAUUAUUGUGACUUGUAUGGUUUACUGGUUUGGCAAGAGUUCUGGAUUACCGGGGACUGUGAUGGACGAGGUGACCCUGUGUCAAACCCAGAUGGCCCACUUGACCAUGAUCUUUUCUUGCUAUGUGCAAGAGAUACAAUUAAGCUUUUGAGGAACCAUCCUAGUCUUGCCUUGUGGGUUGGGGGAAAUGAACAAGUUCCACCACCUGACAUCAAUGCUGCUUUGAAGAAUGAUCUACAACUCCAUCCAUAUUAUAUGAAUUUGAAUAACAAUGGCACAUCAACAAUUACUCUCAUGAUAAAGGAUCCAAGUCAAUAUCUAGAUGGUACUAGAGUUUACGUUCAAGGAUCUAUGUGGGAUGGAUUUGCAGAUGGGAAAGGGGACUUCACCGAUGGUCCUUACGAAAUUCAGAACCCCGAGGACUUCUUCAAGCAUGACUACUACCAGUAUGGCUUUAAUCCAGAGGUCGGUAACGUGGGGAUGCCAGUAGCGGCUACUAUCAGGGCAACUAUGCCUCCAGAAGGGUGGCAGAUUCCUCUGUUCAAAAAAUUAUCGAAUGGCUACAUUGAAGAAGUCCCCAAUCCCAUAUGGACUUAUCAUAAAUACAUUCCCUAUUCCAAACCAGAGAAGGUUCAUGACCAGAUAUUAUCAUAUGGGAAACCAAAUGAUCUGGAUGAUUUUUGUCUGAAGGCACAGCUUGUUAACUAUGUUCAGUACAGAGCUCUUUUAGAAGGCUACACUUCCCAGAUGUGGAGCAAAUAUACAGGUGUUUUGAUAUGGAAAACUCAAAACCCAUGGACUGGUCUAAGAGGCCAGUUUUAUGAUCAUCUCCUUGACCAAACAGCAGGAUUCUAUGGCUGCCGCUCUGCGGCAGAACCAAUUCAUGUUCAGCUUAAUCUGGCAACAUAUUCUGUUGAGGUAGUGAACACUACGUCAGAGGAACUUUCUAACGUUGCUAUAGAAGCCUCAGUUUGGGAUUUGGAAGGCGAAUGUCCAUACUACAAAACCUCUGAAAAACUUACUGUGCCACCCAAAAAAACUAUAUCUACGUUUGAGAUGAAGUAUCCGAAGUCAAAGAAUUCAAAGCCAGUUUACUUUCUUCUUCUCAAACUCUAUGAUGUGUCUGAUAAUCGCAUAUACUCGAGGAAUUUUUACUGGUUGCACCUAACCGGUGGUGAUUACAAGCUUUUGGAACAAUUCAGGGAGAGAAGACCACCCCUCAAGAUAACUUCUCUAACCUUUAUAAAAGGGUCGAGCUAUGAAAUGCGCAUGCAUAUUCAGAACACAUCAAAGAAGCCAGAUUCUAAUGCUCCACCGUAUAGAAAUAACUUUAUCAGAAGAAACGGCAGCUUUGAUGAAUCGGAUUCAUCAGAAUCUUUUGACCUUUUGGAUGGGGAGAAACAUGAAAUCAGUUUAUACGAGAAGAUUAGGAGGAACUUUUCAAGGGGGCACAACAAGGCGAAGGUUUCUGAAGUUAAUGGAACGGGGAAAGGAGUUGCUUUCUUUCUUCAUUUCUCUGUUCAUGCUUCAAAGGAGGAAAACAAGAAAGGUGAAGAAGACACACGCAUCCUUCCUGUUCAUUACUCCGACAACUAUUUUUCACUGGUACCAGGUGAAGUGAUGACAGUAACCAUUUCCUUCGAAGUACCUCCUGGUGUCACUCCUCGGGUCACACUGCAUGGCUGGAACCACCAUGAUGUGCACACCGUACUUUAAGUCAGUCAUCUCCUUGCUCCAGUUUGUUUACAGGUGUUGUUGUACAAUAGUAGUAUUUCAUGUCAUCGUUAGUUCUGGAUGUCAAAAUGUUCCCUCUUUUGGUGCUUUGUACUGAAGUUUAUCCUUUAAUACUGUAAACGUAGUUGACUCUGAGGAAAGAGUCUGGAAAUAAGAGCUCUAAUGCUUGUCGGAAACAGCCCAGCUGUGCACCGUAGGAGUUUCUGACAUUCAUGUCAUUUUGAUCAAUAAAAUCGUUUUAAUUUCCAUUUAA